ACCGGAAACGGAAAUCCCCCCUCUUCUCCGCUUCUUCCUUGCUGCAGCCUCAACACUACAAACAAGAAGGCAGAAGCGCCUGUUUGGAUUAUUUGUCAUUUUAAACACCAUCGCAGAGAAACUAUAAUGGCUUUAGAAUCCAGAAUCACCCAGGAGGAAAUUAAGAAGGAACCAGAGAAACCCAUUGACCGGGAGAAGACCUGCCCUCUUUUGUUGCGAGUUUUUACCACCAACAGCGGCCGCCACCACAGAGUAGACGAAUUUGCCCGAGGAAACGUUCCCUCCAGUGAACUACAGAUUUACACAUGGAUGGACGCCACUCUGAAAGAACUCACCAGUUUAGUGAAGGAGGUUUAUCCGGAAGCCAGGAAAAAGGGGACCCACUUUAGCUUCGCCAUCGUCUACCCCGAUCUCCGAGGGAAAAUGUACAAGUUCAAAGACAUCGGCAGCACAAUAUCUGGCAGAAAGGGUCCGGACGACUCCAUGACCUUACAGUCUCAGCGGUUCCAGAUCGGAGAUUACCUGGAUAUUGCCAUCACGCCGCCGAACAGAGCUCCACCUCUCGGCCCACGGAUGCGUCCUUUCUGAACGCACGCUCACCAAAAUCACUGCUUUGAUUUGAUUGAGGGCUCGAUUGCAUUUGUAUCUUCAGUAGUUUUGUGUCAUUUUGUAAAAAAAAUAAAAACUUGUGUUCAAUAAAGUUUCAAAAAUCCCAUA